GGUGUCUGUUUUAGUGAGAUAUCAGAUAAAUUAAUUGCCAAUUUCACUAAAAUACGUGUAUACUCACUAUGAAACGUAUUUAUGACUCGAUGAAUUCGUCGGUUGAAAUAAGUUCAUAUCGUGAUCAACAUUUCAAGGGCUCAAGAAGUGAGCAGGAGAAACAGCUUAGAACGACUUCUACGCUUUAUAUAGGAAAUUUGUCAUUUUAUACAACAGAAGAACAAAUCUACGAGCUGUUUUCACGAUGCGGUGACAUCCGGAGAGUGAUUAUGGGCUUGGAUAAAUAUAAGAAAACACCUUGUGGAUUUUGCUUCGUAGAGUAUUAUUCCAGAACCGAUGCAGAGAAUUGUAUGAGAUAUAUAAAUGGUACUAGGCUAGAUGACAGAAUCAUUCGCUGUGAUUGGGAUGCUGGAUUUAUAGAAGGCAGACAGUAUGGGCGAGGCAAAACUGGAGGACAGGUGCGAGACGAAUAUAGAACAGACUAUGAUGGUGGCCGUGGUGGCUAUGGAAAAAUCAUUGCCCAGAAAAUAGCUCCUAACACAAUGGAGCGUUGAUUAGUACAAAGUGUAGUGUUGAACUUUUACAGAACUUGUGCAAGACUGUUUACAUAAUAUACAUAAAUGAUUUCAUAACACAAUAACAAGAUUCAAGUGAUUAUAUGUUUUUAUAAGUGCUAUGUUGUUUGUAUUAACAAAAAAAUAAGAUUACAUUGUGGCCAGAGUCGGAAGCAAUAGCUCAGGAUGACAAAGGACUGCAAUGAAUGGCAUGUAAAUGAUGAUUAUACGGAGCCAUAGCUAUGUGCCGAGACAGAUAAACAAAUUGAUAGUUCUUUUUCAAAUCAUGUCCAAUAAUGA